AUUUCCAAUCACCUAAACAACCGAGCAAGACAAGCCACUCCGACAAGGUUGGCUGCCCGCGGGUCUCGGUGAGGGCGCGAGGUAGAUGGUGAAGAGCCGCGGCAGCCGAGGGCAGGCCAGGCCCCCAGAAGCAACAGCUUGAAGGACGUCGCAGUGGGAGCCCUGAACUGCUCCUGGCCUCAGGCCCCCUGGAUCCGUCGGGGCGCCUCCACCCGGCUGUUAGCAUGAUGUCUUACCUCAAACAACCCCCAUACGGCAUGAACGGGCUGGGCCUAGCUGGCCCUGCCAUGGACCUCCUGCACCCUUCCGUGGGCUACCCUGCCACCCCGCGGAAGCAGCGACGGGAGCGCACCACCUUCACGCGCUCACAGCUGGACGUGCUCGAGGCGCUGUUCGCAAAGACUCGCUACCCAGACAUCUUCAUGCGCGAGGAGGUGGCUCUCAAGAUCAACCUGCCCGAGUCCAGAGUCCAGGUUUGGUUCAAGAACCGCCGCGCCAAGUGCCGCCAGCAGCAGCAGAGCGGGAAUGGAACGAAAAGCCGGCCGGUCAAGAAGAAGUCGUCUCCGGUGCGCGAGAGCUCGGGUUCGGAGAGCAGCGGCCAGUUCACGCCGCCCGCCGUAUCUAGCUCUGCGUCCUCGUCUAGCUCAGCGUCCAGUGCCUCCGCUAACCCGGCGGCUGCUGCGGCCGCGGGCCUGGGUGGGAACCCGGUGGCAGCCGCGUCCUCUCUGAGCACGCCUACUGCUUCGUCCAUCUGGAGCCCGGCCUCCAUCUCGCCGGGCUCAGCGCCGGCGUCCGUAUCAGUGCCAGAGCCAUUAGGCGCUCCCAGCAACGCCUCGUGCAUGCAGCGCUCCGUAGCCGCAGGUGCGGCCACUGCCGCGGCCUCCUACCCUAUGUCCUAUGGCCAGGGCGGAAGCUAUGGCCAGGGCUACCCCGCGCCUUCCUCUUCUUACUUUGGCGGUGUAGACUGCAGCUCCUACCUUGCGCCCAUGCACUCUCAUCACCACCCGCACCAGCUUAGCCCCAUGGCACCCUCCUCCAUGGCUGGCCACCACCACCACCACCCGCACGCGCACCACCCACUGAGCCAAUCUUCAGGCCACCACCACCACCACCAUCACCAUCACCACCACCAAGGUUAUGGAGGCUCUGGGCUCGCCUUCAACUCUGCCGACUGCUUGGAUUACAAGGAGCCCGCCGCCGCCGCUGCUUCCUCUGCCUGGAAACUCAACUUCAACUCUCCCGACUGUCUGGACUAUAAGGACCAAGCCUCAUGGCGGUUCCAGGUCUUGUGAGCCCAGGAGGGAAAGGAAGUGGAGAAGAAACGCAACUACCUUCGCCCUCCGUGGUCCCUAUCAUGUUGCUGCUGCUGCUGCUGCUGCACCGCCCGCCUUUGCCUUGGCUUUUCCAAAACUUAAUUUUCACUCCCCAAAAGAUGUUCAUUGCCUGCACUGCCGCUCCCGUCUGCGUUCCACUUGCUCGGGGGUGGAGGGUGCAGCCCCUUCUCCCCCUUGGAGGUGGGGCCCGGUGCUCCUACUUGGCCCUCAGUUUCUUCAUGGGAUAGCAGUGUGCUCUCCCUCUCCACUCGUGUGUCACCCCCUCAAGUCUCUCUGGACAGCUUGUAUGCACUUGGAGCCUUCGGAGGCUCUCCGCUCUGACCCUCUCUGUUUUGAGCUCAACAGUUUUAUUUAUUCUUUCUGGACACUGAAGUCACUAACUGGCGAAUAUCUACCGUUCGGAGUGCGCUUGUACACAUCCCUCCAACUCAACCCCUCCACCGUUUCUAGCAGACUGUCGCCUCUUCAGCUGAUCCAGCUCCCUACCGGCAGGCCCAAGCUUCCAGCGUCUCCAUCUCCCCGGUGGUGAGCGCUGGGCCAGGCUUGCGGGAGGAGUGUGCCCCAGCCUCCUUCCCUGCCCUGCGCUGGACCGAGUCAAGCUUCCGCCGCAGCGGGAAUGCUGUACAUAGUCAGGUCCGUUCCAAGGACCACUUAAAGUUUUUAGUUGCUGUUGGUUGAACUGAGCUUCUCUCUUGUUUUAGCGUCCAAGAAACAGAACUUUAAAAUAUAUACAUCACAUAUAUAUACACAUAUUAUAUAUAACAGAAGCAAAAAAUAUUCCCCCUUUGUUCCCGUUCCUCUCUUUCUCAAACGAUGGCGGUUCUUAUUUUUCAGUUGUUUCCAAGCUGUCCUGCCCUCUUCACACCUCCCUUUGUGUAUUUAUUAAAGAAACCCGCUUGGUUUUAGGAAGCUGGGCGCUGGAGGAUCGGAAGUGAAGAAAACAGCUAAGUCAGGGUACAGGGGUCGGGCUAGGCUGGGCAGGGCGCAAGACUGACCCUUCGCCAGUCUAAGCACAAUAUCAAAGCGUCAGCUUAGAAACAAACAAACAAAAAAUGGUGAAAUUACAACAUUGUGGGAAGCAAACCGAGCCCGAGUUCCAGGUCCAAUUUCCUGUAUGUCUCUCUUUAAAACACCCCUGUCUGUUCCGUGAGUUUUUAGUGAACCUUCAUUCUCCGAAAUCUGCGGAGAAUACCUGUGUAUCUAUCAGUUUUGGUUUUGGCCGCUUGGUCCAGUAGGUGGGAAAGUAAUUUGUAAAUUUGAUUUGUCCGAUGUGAAGAUCACAAAUUACUUGUUGAGAUGUAAGGCAGUCCGUCUCCUCUUCCUCUUUAUCUACAUUAUUUCCCGAAAAUAAAAGCAAAUUAAUGAAUGGCU